CAGCAUCUGAGAUCCGGUCGUCCUGGACAAAAAUUGGCGGUAACUGAAGCUACUCGUACGCGUCUUCUAUCCUGCGACUAUUCAUUUGGCUGAUGAUAAGAAUAGGUCAAGCCUGUCACCACUCUUUGACCGCCGUCUCACCAUUUCAACCACCGGAACCAUCCCAGCAAAGAAAGAACCGAUCAAAAUCUCUCAAUAUAUCUUCUCCGAUGUCUCCAAAGGAAAAAAUCCCUCAAUACAUUCUACUCCCAGAACACAACCAACCACUCAUUCCCAGAUCCAUUUCCCGGAAAUGUCGCCGCAAAAGCUCUUCUUUUCCGCCGCCGCAGCUCUACUUCUGCUCGCACUCUUUCUUCCUCAAACAGCCUCCAGAACCUUACCCGAUCCCCCUUGUCCUCCAUCUUCUUGCGGAAACCUUCACAACAUAACCUUCCCAUUUCGUCUCAAAAGUUCUCCACAGAAUUGCGGCUAUCCCAAAUAUGUGCUGGAUUGUUGGAACAACCAACCAAGCAUAAUGUUUGAAACGGAACGGUACAACGUUCAGGCAAUCAAUUAUUCGGAUUACUCGAUCAGGGUUGUCGACCCCGGAUUGCAAGAUCAAACUAAUCGAAACUGCACUAGUUUCCCCAAGAUUGUUCUAGGCAGUGAUUUCUUUGACACCGGUUUUAAGUUCCGCUCCACCGGAGCUAACGUUCCUAUAGUGUACACCACCUGUUCGACGAAUUUAUCGAAAGAGUACGUCCACACGGAAUUCUGUACGAAGGCGAGAAGCAACGGCAGCAGCUAUGUGACAAUUGGAGACAGGUUGUCGAUACGAGACGUGCCGAGGAGUUGCAGCUUUGAAACAGUGGCAUGGGCCUCGGUUAAUGGGCUGAUCCCGGGCGACAACAGUUCUCUGUCCAGCAUCCAUGCUGCCCUGGGCUACGGCGUCGAGCUUUCUUGGAAGAGGGCUUACUUGUGUCGAGAUUGUGAGCGCAGCGGAGGCCAGUGCUUCUUUGAUGAUCCUCUCAAUCUUGAAGGUGUUUCUUGCAGCCAUCGUUGUUAUGAUGAUACGGGAUUUGAUCUUCCUCUUCCUUGUAGCAUCCAUUAUUAUGGAGGUAGGUUUUAAAUAUUAAUUAAAGCUUAUCUGGUUCCAAUUUCUGCUGAGAAUGAAUGUUGCUAUUUUCCAGUCCGUUUGGUAAGGGUUAUUUAUUUAAUUGAACUAAUUGAAUAUGCAAACUUCUCUGGGAAAAAAUGUUUUUGUAAUGUAUAUGUCAGAACUCUAUUUAUAUGCAUUUCUUGCUGAUAAAUAGAAUUUAUCAGAAUUCAUUACCAAACGGAUCCUUUAAUCUCUUAAUAAUGUGGCUUUCAUAAUUUUCAUAAUUUUUUUCUCUAUAAUGGGACUUAUCCUUCCUUAGUUCUUUAAUUGAAUGAUACAUAUGUAUUUCUAACAUUCUAUUUUCCCCUCUCCUGUCUAUAUUUUUUCAGUUCUGGUGAUAUUAUAUGGCCUAGUAACGAUAGGUAAUGACUUUAAUUUAUCUCUCAGUAAAGUUUGACUUAACCAAACUGAUAAAAAGUUUGGUUUUGUAGUUCUAUUUAUUGACUUUAUUUUUUAUUUUCUAAACUCCCCAGUACCAUUUCUGGGAAUCAGAUUUCUCCUUGGGAUCAUACUUUUUGUUGUGCUAGUCGUCUAUCAACGAAAGAGGCGUCAUUUACCAGGAGAUGUCACCAUUCAGGAUUUCCUCGACAUUCAGAGCAAACUGCUGCCAAUAAAUUACAGUUAUGCUGAGAUUAAGAAGAUGACUAAUGGUUUCAAGGAGAAACUAGGAGAAGGAACCAAUGGAACAGUAUACAAAGGGAAACUUAAGAGUGGACCUCUCGUUGCAAUUAAAAUGAUGAAGAAAACCAUUGGAACAAGAAAAGAAUUUCUCAAUAAGGUUGCUACUAUUGGAAGUAUUCACCACGUGAAUGUGGUUCAUCUCAUCGGAUUUUGCGUCGAGGGAUCUAAUCGUGCUUUGGUAUGUGAGUUCAUGCCAAACGGGUCUUUAGAAAAAUGGGUAUUAUCUGAACAAGGGAAUACCACCCCCUUGAGUUACAAACAAACGUUUCAGAUUUCUCUUGGUGUGGCACAUGCAAUAGCCUACCUUCAUAAUAAAGGGUGUGACAAUUUCGUCAAUAUGCCUCACAACGUUCUUCUUGAUGAGAAUUUCAAUCCGAAAAUAUCAUAUUUUGGGCUCGCAAACCUGGACGACGCGGAUAAUAAUGUUGUUCACAGUUUUGGAAUGCUGUUAAUUAAAUUGGCUAGGAAAUUGAUCAAUAUGAAUCCAAACGCCGAUGCCAUGUGGAUUUAUGAUCAAAUCAUGGAAGGGAAUGAAGUAGUAGUCACUGGAGAUGGUAGUGAGGAAGAGAGAAAAGCUAUGAAGAAGAUUAUCGUAGUUGCUUUGUGGUCCAUACAGAUGAAGUAUGCCGAUCGUCCUCCUAUGAACAGAAUUGUUGAAAUGCUUGAAGGAGAUGAAGAUCUCAUAGAGAUGCCUCCAAGGUCAUUUAUUGCUCCACACACAUAAGAUGAAUGUUGAUUCCAUUGAAUCAUCCAUAGUAAAUACAUACUACAGCUAUUGAUUGUUUUUUCUUAAUCUUGUAAAUUUCUUCGUUUGUUCUCCUGUUAUUGGUGCAAUUCAUUUGAUGUUCAUUUGAUUGUUUUUUAUCUAACUGAAAUUAUGACGAAAUCCUUUAGGCUAAAGGGUCAAAUAGGCCCCUCUAUCGAUCACGUUUGGUGUUUGCUCAA